GCUGGACUCCAUGGACUUCUUCAGCAUGGGUCCCACUGUGGCCCUCAGAACCUGCUGGCAGCUCUGACCAGACCGAGAUGCUGACACAGACCUUGGGGUAUUAAUAGCCCCAAUCUGGGCUAGGCUCCUCUUCCCCUCCUGAGGCCAGCCCAGGUCAUGGGCCCCACGCAGGGAGAGGGAGAUGCGUGCCCUGGUGGAGGCCUGAGCGAGUGUGCCCAGGUCCCUGCUGUCUGAGGGAUCCGUGUCUGGACGCCCUCCUGUUCCACCCCAGGGGCUGGCUUGGGAGUUGAACCUCCACCCUUUUGGGUUUCUUGGCUGGAGGCCUUCAUGCCUCUGAGCCUCAGCUUCCUCAUCUGUAAAAUGGGGGUGGUAUCACAUCUUCACAGAAAGGCUGGUUAUGGAGCACGAAGGAGCUAGAGCACACAGCUCAGUACACUGCCCACCACCCACGCAUUCCGAGCACAUCUGCAUGUGUAUCUGUCCAGGAGCCAGGAUGAGGCAGCCCGGGUCAUCAGUGCUCCACCCAAGAGGCUGGGACGCCACCCAGUCUGGAACAUCGUCUUCUGUGGCUGCGUGAUCUGAAUGGAACGGUCUGGAAGAAGGAUGCCGGGGAGUCUGCAAGGGACCCGGACUGAGGGCUCCUGGAGUCUGCCUUCGCACCAACCAGGUAUGGCGUAGGUGUGGGUCCUUCUGAAAGGGACACUCAGAAGUGAGACAAGACUGUGCCUUUUUUGCCAAACAGGAUCAAUUCCUAACCCAUAGGGUUGAGGGCUCACUGUUGGGGCAGGGGCCCUGCUCAGCAUUUAACAGACAUCAUCUCACUGACCUCACAAUGGCCUUUGAGAGGUAGACGCUAAUAUUCCCAUGUUACAGGUGGAGACACCAAGGCCCAGACGGGCCACGUGACUUGUUCAAGAUCCCACGGCUUAGUUGGUGCCGGAUCCCAGGUCAUCCCCCAUUUGUCAGACUCUGGAGACCAUGGCUGGUGCCCUGUGGCCAGAGAGCACUCACCUCCCCCACCUUGGAAGGCUCUGAACCUGGUGCCUGGAGGCUGCGGGGUGUCACGGGUGGGCUCCAUGAUUGGAAGGGAAGGUCACAGCCUCCUGCCUCCAUCCCAGCUGGAUGGACAGGCCCUGAGCUGUGAGACCAGGGCGUUCACUGCUGAGCCUUCUGGUCACCCUGUAUCAAUGGCUUUCCCUUGAGCCCAGGCCCAGCCAGCCCUCAAAGGGCUGUGGAGACUUUGGGUUCCUGUAGUCACCCAGGUGGGGACAGAGAGGCCUGACUCAAACCCCAAGUCCUCAGCUGGGCCCUCUCAGUCUGCCCUCUUUGGCUCCCAGACUCUCUUGUCCUUCUGCGUCAUGCACCGGCGGCACAGGCCUCUGGGACUUCAUGUGGGGUAACCUGUCCUCCCACCGUGAUUCUCAAGACAAACCGAGGCUGUGGUUCUUUGACCCUAUCCCACGUCUCUGCACCUGCAAUCAUUUCCAUGUCAUUUGUCUGACCCCCCCCCCACUGAACUGAGCUUCCCGGGGACAGGACGGACCUGUCAUUUGUGGCGUGUGCCAGGCCCCUCGGGUCGCAUCGGGCGUUUGAUAACCACUGGUGGGCUGCCUGAAGCUGCUGGAGUGCCCCUGUCCUUCGAAAAAAUUCUAAGCAGUGGAGGCAGCCUCCAAGAGGCAGAUCCAUUACCAACUGAUCACCCAACCCUCCCUCUAAUGGAAAUCAGAUCUUACAGAUUAUUGCCAUUUGAUUGGACUCUCAUGCACCGAAGCCAAAUUCAAGACUGAUCAAAAAAUAGGAAUAAAGCCCCAACCUGCCAGCUUAAUGAAAUGCUGUCAAGGUUGGGGGGGGGGGGGCUGGUCCCGGCCCCAGCCGACCCAAGAUGAUGCCGUCAGUGACGUCCUUCACUCCGUCUGGUGCCCGGGGAGGCCUUUGGCGUGGCCCCACUGUCCGGUCCACGGGACAGGGUCCCCGGGCCCAGGCCAAUGGGGCGGGUGAGCCUGGCUCGCAGGGGUCCGCGCUGCUCCGAGGGAACCUGGUAAGAGCAGGGGUUAGUUCAGGGCCUGCGUCUGGGGGCCUCUGGGCCAGGGCAGCGGGAGGACUACAUUUCCCAGACUCCUCCAGUCCCGGGGAGUGAGCCAUUGGAAGAUUUAAAUAGCCCAGGCCCAGAGGCAGCGAGGCUGCAGCUGUGGACUCGUCCGCCUCCCCGGUGGCUCCAUUGGCGCUGGCCCGCAUCAGUGGGCUCGAUUGGCUGCGCAGCUGGCACUGACGUCCCCGUGGAGCCCGGUGGCAGCUGGAGGUAAACAGCCAUGUGCAAUCCUGCACUCUAUAUUUAACAGCUGCUGCGGAGAAGGCAGGGAGGCAGGGAGUGGUAGCGGGAUCCCCGGGCAGCUCCAGUCUUCGGGGAGAAGGCCUCCCAGCCCGGCUGGCACCGGCCCUCGUGGCGCGAGGCGUCACCAUGCCAGCCUCCCAGAGCCGCGCCCGGGCCCGGGACCGCAACAACGUCCUCAACAGAGCCGAGUUCCUGUCCCUGAACCAGCCCCCCAAGGGCGCCCCGGAGCCCCGCGGCUCGGGCAGGAAGGCCCCGGGCCCCUCGGCGCAGCCCCCGUCCCCUGGCGAUGGGGCCCGCGAGAGGCGCCAGUCACAGCAGCUGCCCGAGGAGGACUGCAUGCAGCUGAACCCCUCCUUCAAGGGCAUCGCCUUCAACUCCCUGCUGGCCAUUGACAUCUGCAUGUCCAAGCGGCUGGGGGUGUGUGCCGGCCGUGCCGCGUCCUGGGCCAGCGCCCGCUCCAUGGUCAAGCUCAUUGGCAUCACGGGCCACGGCAUCCCCUGGAUCGGGGGUACCAUCCUCUGCCUGGUGAAGAGCAGCACACUGGCCGGCCAGGAGGUGCUCAUGAACCUGCUCCUGGCCCUGCUCCUGGACAUCAUGACGGUGGCCGGCGUGCAGAAACUCAUCAAGCGUCGCGGCCCGUUCGAGACGAACCCCAGCCUCCUGGACUACCUCACCAUGGACGUGUACGCCUUCCCCGCUGGGCACGCCAGCCGCGCGGCCAUGGUGUCCAAGUUCUUCCUCAGCCACCUGGUGCUGGCCGUGCCCCUGCGCGUCCUGCUGGUACUCUGGGCCUUCUGCGUGGGCCUGUCGCGCGUGAUGAUCGGACGGCACCACAUCACGGACGUCAUCUCGGGCUUCGUCAUCGGCUACUUCCAGUUCCGCCUGGUGGAGCUGGUCUGGAUGUCCUCCAACACCUGCCAGAUGCUCAUCUCCGCCUGGUGAGCCGCCUGCUCGGGGCUCCGGGAGCCAAGAGAGGAGGCAGGCGCGGCGGCCGACCGGCGGCCCCACGUCCCCCGUCGCGGUUGGAGGCUGGCGACCGCGGCCGGGCCGCCCGGAGGCUCGGUGCGGCCGGCAGGGGCGGGUGCUCUCUGCCCCUUUGCCUGGACCGCGCGCGUCCUCUCUGGGCCACGCUUUGCUUCCGCCACGGAGAAGGCAGGCGAGAGCUAAAGGUGGCGGGAGCGGGGCCGGGUCUCGUCCCGUCCCUCGGUCGCCGUCACGACUGCCGAGUGCUUGGCUGUGCCCGCCGUGCCCACAGCGCGAUGCCUGGCAGAGCGUCCCCCCCCCCCCCACCGCCCAGCACAGGUGCCACUGCCAUUAACGGUCAUCGGUAGCUCAGGACAGCACUUUCCCAAGGGCGCCCUGCUGGAUGCCAGCCUGCAAGACGCUUUGGGAAGGAAAAGGGUUUUGUGGUCAAAUAAACUUGGGCAAUGCCGCGCACCGUGCCCCCGUGCCGGACAUUCACGAGGGCCAUUGUCGCCACAAAGGCUCUGACAAGUCCUGUGCAAAUGCUUCCUGUCAAACUCCGUGUUUCCUCAGCGUAUUUGACCACAGACCCCUUUUCUCGAGGAACAGCUACUAACCCCCAAAGAACCGCCGUUUCCUCAAGCGCGUUUUGGGAGAGGCCGCCCGGGAGCCGGAGGGCCUGAGGCACACGUGGGCCUCUCCCAGCGCCUGCGCAGAGCUCACGGCCGCGGGCCUCGGUGCCGCUUUGGCCCCCAGGGGCCGGACUCCAUGUGACCUGAUAGGUCGUUUCCAAGUACCCAUCAUGGAUGUGCAUUUCAUGUGACAAUACAAGGCGAUAUGCAGCGACCCCUCUCCUGCGUGCUCUCUCCUCGUGUGAUGCAGGUUUCCAGGCAGGAGGGUCUCUGUUGACACAAAAGGGUGGGAUGUCUUCAGCCCCGGAUGGGCCGUGGUGUCAGGUGGUCAGAGGUUAAGGGGCUCCUAGAUUUUUCCGGGCUGGUUGGUCGUUCUCCCUGAGGUCACGAUGCGGGGGCUCGAACUCACAAACUGUGAGAUCGUGCCCCGGGGCUGAGAUCCAGAGUUGGACACUUAGCCGACUGAGCCACCCAGGUGCCCCCAUUUUCACUUACAUCUUAAUCACAUCUGCAAAGACUCGAUUUCUGAAUGAGGUCACAUUCACAGGCGCUGAGAGUUAGGACUUCAGCAUAUCUUUCGGGGCCCACAAUGCGACCCAUAACACCUACGAUCCUUUGGGGGAGGAAACCGCCUUCCUCUCUCAGCCAGGCCAUGGGGACAGGGCAGAACAUUCCCGUCUGCA